CCUUCCAGGUUGCAGAAUCGAGGGAUCAGGAAGGGCGGGAGGGGCUGCGCCGAGCCUUUCUCAAGUUUUCGGCUGCCGCAAAGAAGCCUUUGAGGAGCGUCGGUGCUGGGGCAGACUGCGCUCCUGCCCCCAAACAGAGACGCGCAAGAGGGAGCUGGUCGCGGCCGCCCACCUUCCUAGCCUCGCCGCGAUGGGGGAGGACGGGGUGCAAGCGGAGAAGAGCAGCGCGUACGUUUCCCCCAGCCCCGAUGGGCCUCUGGAUCCCAGCAGCCCUAGCCCGGUGCCCUCGGGCAGCCGCAGCCCCAGCCUGCUGCCGCCAGCGCCCGGCGAGGCGAUUCGGGAUAGCUCGCAAGUGAACGCCAUCACGGUGCUGACCCUCCUGGACAAGCUGGUGAACAUGCUGGACUCGGUGCAGGAGAAGCAGCAGCAGAUGGAGCAGCGGCAGAUCGAGCUGGAGGGCUCGGUGAAGGGCAUCCAGAGCGACUUGAGCAAGCUGUGCAAGAACCACACAUCCACCAGCAACACGGUGGCCAAGCUGCUGGAGAAGUCGCGCAAGGUCAGCGCCAACACGCGCGAGGUGCGCGACCGCAUGGACCGCCAGUGCGCCCAGGUGAAGCGCUUGGAGCACAACCACGCGCAGCUCCUGCGCCGCAACCACUUCAAGGUGCUCAUCUUCCAGGAAGAAAAUGAAAUCCCUGCCAGCGUAUUUGUGAAGGAGCCUGUUCCCAGUAUUACCGAUGGGAAGGAAGAGCCUGUUGAUGAGAACAAAACCUUGGAAGAAACCCUGCACACUGUGGAGUUGUCCUCAGAGGAUGAAGUGCCCCACGAUGACAUUGCAGAUGACAGUAUGGAUGAGAAAAUAGAGGAGUCCAGAGCUGAGAAGAUCAAGAGAUCAAGCCUCAAGAAGGUUGACAGCCUGAAGAAAGCAUUUUCCCGUCAAAAUAUUGAAAAGAAGAUGAACAAGUUCAGCACCAAGAUUGUCUCGCCUGAAAGGAGAGAGAAGAUCAAGAAGUCUUUCACCCCUAACCAUCAGAAGUCCUCCUCAUCAAAGAGCUCAUCUUUCAAGGUCUCUCCCCUGACGUUCAAUGUGAAGAAAGUCCGUGAUGGAGACACAUCCAUAGAAGUAGAAGACAAGUCCGAGGAAGCGACUGGCAGUGAGCAUGCAGCCAUUGAUGAGACCACCUUCACUUCAGAUCCAAUCUCUCCUGUUUCUCCAGCUGAAGAAGGAAAAGCCCUUGCUGACUCCUUGGAAAAGGAGUCAGGAAGUGAGGGAGAGGUGGCGAUCAACAACAACAUUGAGCUUGCAAUUGUUGAAGAAGAUGAUGACUAUAGGCCUUCAUUAGAAAUCAGACAAGAACUUUAUGAGGAAAGGAACAAGCCAACCAGUGGGGAAAUGGAAUAUUCCGAAGAAUCCAAUCAAGCAGCUGUCCUCCACGUAGACCAAACAGCGUAAAUUGCCAGUGUCCUUUCUACAUAUGUUAUUUUUAAUUACAUCAGUCACCAGAAUAUGUCUGCUAUACUAUAAAUAUGGGGUUCCAGUAGUAAGUCACAGUGUUGUUGGUUUUAAAAAGUAGAUUUCCUUACAAAACUGUUUUCACUAAAUUAGAAUUGACUCCCACAGUGAAAAAUAGGGCCUGAUCUCCAGGUAAUGUAAAAGCAGAUCUACUGGCAUUUCAUGAGCAGCUCUAACCUCUUUCCACCACCUCUUCAACUCUUUUCCUACUUUCUCGUGUUUCUUCACUUUACCUACAAUGUGUUUAAAAGAAGUGUUCAAGAUCAUUAGGCUAUUUGACAAAAGGCAUACCUGCCCGUUUCAUAUUCACUUAACUGCCACCAAAAAUACUCUUUUAAAUUGUAGUUAAGAACAUACGCAGUGCCCUGCUGGAUCAGACCAGACCAGACCAUUUAGUCCAGCAGUCUGUUCUCUGGCCAACCAACUGCAUAAAGA